UACAGUGCCGUCUGAGCGGUGCGCGUGAGCGAGUGAUCGUUUACACCGAACGACAUGAGAUGAUAAAUAAUUAUUAAUUUUUUGUUUAUAGAAGACGAUAAACGCGGCGGCGUCGGGACAGCUGCACGUGUGCGCCCGUCGCGGGCGGGCGACCGAGGCACGCGCCAGCUCGGUGGCAACACUGGGCCCGCCGCCGCAGGUCCCGAAGCAGCUUUGAGCGCGAGACGGACGGGGCACGCAGGCGGCGCGCUACCGUACCGGUCCCGACGACGCCGCCGCCGCCGCUUGACGAACGACGACCCGACGACCGUUAAUCUGUGUACCGCGGCUAUAGUUUCGUAUUGCACUAUUGUGCGUUAACGCCGCGUCCCGUACAGUCGUUCAGUUCGAACCGCUUUUGCCGCGUUUAUUCUCUGCUGUAAUAUUAUUAUUAUUACUGUUGUUGUUGUUUUUCGGCGUUGUGCCUAUGCCACAGAACCGUUUCGCUUAGAGCCUACAACGGCAAACAAUAACAAUAUCAUAUACCAUUGUCCGGCAGUCAUAACACUACAAUAAGCGAUUGUAUCGUUAUUGUGGUUAAGCACAGUGUAUAAUUUUUUUUUCUACCGUCAAUCGUUACGCGCCACCGCAUCGUGCACGAUACCGGAAAUUUUGCGCGGGUCGUCUUCGAUCUGCCCGCCAAACAUAAUAAUAUUAUAUUCUAGUUUUCGCUAAAUUUUUUCGUGUCGUUUCACGUGACGAUAACAUAAUAUUAUCAUAAUUAUAAUUUUACCCGCCGAUCGUCGCCGUACCACACAAUAAUAUAAUAAAAUAUAUUAUUAUUGUCAUCUCUGCCACGUACGACUGGCCAGUGGCGAACGGUGUUCACACCACGCGCGGAUUGCACGAAACUUAAACCGUCAUUUUUUGGUGUCGAUGGUGUCGGACAUGAUAAUAACGCACCACGAAAGCGCCAUGAAGGACAGACUGUCCGGUAAAUCUCAUGCUGUUACGGUACAGUUGCCGCAACAAAAGAACGUGGAGCAAUGUGAAAACCUCGAAGGGGAAACUCAGCAACAUGCCGAGAGAACUGGACCGCACCGAAAUCAGACUAAGAACGUCAGCAAAGAGGACCCGAUGUCACAUCGUAUAAUAGAAAAACGGCGGCGCGAUCGAAUGAAUAAUUGCCUGGCCGAUCUGUCACGGCUCAUACCGGCCGAAUACAUGAAAAAAGGUCGAGGUCGAGUAGAAAAAACUGAAAUAAUCGAAAUGGCCAUCAAACACAUGAAGUAUCUCCAAUCUAACGUUUCCUCGUCGGUCGGGAAUCAGUCACCGCCACAUGAACCCUCGGAACCAGUGGAAGCCGAAAAGUCCGAAAAUUCUACCCCCGAGCAACCUGAAAACACCAUUUUGAUGGCAGAACAGUACAGAAUGGGGUUUUUGGAAUGUCUGACCGAGACUAUGCAGUAUCUCGUCGAGGCACACGGAUAUCCACCUAACCAUGGGUUGUGUUUGUCGCUCAUCAACCACUUGCAACAACACUGUGCUCAGAUCAUCAAAGGGAAACAAGUGAUCCAUGGCGUGAUGAAACAAGAGAUUAUACUGGAAGUGAACAAAUUCAACGCGAAUAUGCUAACAUACUUGGACGGGGAAGGGGCUUACGACGAGACCGGUCAACAAAAACAUUCUUUGAGAAACUCGAAAUCUCACACUUCGGCCAACGCGACGUAUGACCAGACCCUAGCGGACCGGUGCAGCAUGUCGUUCACGACGGACUCAUACUCGUCCAACGGGUCAAUGUACAAGUUCAAGACGGACAUCAAACAGCGGUUCAGCGCCGAGAACAGCGGCGAGGACCUGGCCGAUUACUACGCGCCGGGCAAGAAACGGCGCCGGAAAGAAUCGUCCGACUGCACCGAAGACGGCAGACAGGACGUACCGAUAUUCGCGUUGCACGCCAACGGGUCGUACUACAUACCGCUGACCGUCAACAGGGACAUCAUACCGCCCGCCCUGGACCACGCGCUGACUGAAACCCGUUCGUCGGUCAUCGUGCACCCGAUAUCGAUUUCGGUCAACUUCCAAGCGACCAAUCAGUUCUGAAGAACGGCGUAGUCCCGGCGGCGCGUGACGGACGCAUCACGACGCCAACAUGUCAUUACAUGUUGUAGAGACGCAGCGUGGGGGCGUGGCUGCUGACUAUAUCGACACAACAAACGACGAAUUGGAACAAAAUAUGCGCCCUCAGCCAUAAAAAUAUAUUAUGUUUUGGGAUUUUUGUGUUCUCCGCGGUCGAGCUUAUUAUAUACACGCGCGACUGUGCGUUGUUUUGUUUUAAUCAGAAAACGUUUAUUGAGCUCUAAAACUCGUGCAAAUAUUACUAAGAGCCGAACUUUAUCGAACACAAAAUUUAUACUUUUAUAUGUGUUAUGUGGUGCUUGUCUACCAUUUUUUCAAUUCUCAAAAAUAUAAGGUUUAAAAUUGAUAAACGAUAAAAACAAUCAUUUAGAACCAACGAGUAAAUAAUAUUGUAAUUUUAAUUCAGUUAAAGCUACAUAAUUGUUUUUAUUAAUGUCAAUGCUCAGCGAGUAAUAAAUGUUUCAAUAAGUGGAAAAUUGUCAGAAACCCUUAUAUCCUUGUUCCCUCCUACACCGUCAAAACACCAUGGUGCACCUCACCUGUCUCGAGAAUAUGACUCUGGACUGCCGUUUUAAGUUAAUUAAUAUAAUAUAUUGUCUGCGUUAUGGUGCCAUUUUAAAUGUGUAUGUAACUUAGAGUAUAAAAAUAUGUAUAAUCAUCA